GUGCUAUCUAUUUCACAAAAAAACUAAUGCAAUUUUUACCCAAUUCCAUAUCAAUUUAAACUCAUAUUCACACAAUUUCAACUAAAUUUCAUAAAAAAUGCACUAAAUUUCACACAAACAAAUUCAAUUUCACAAAAAAUUACAAUAAUAAUAAAUUGUAUAAAAUUAAACUAAAAUACCUUGAGAGGAAGAGGAGGUCAGGUGGGGGAAGAUGGCGGUCGAGACACUGGCGGAGGCGAGUGGUGGAGACACUGGCGGCGGCGGCGAGGAGGGAGGGAGACACUGGCUGUCGAAGGCGAGGCGAGGAGGGAGACACUGGCUGCGUGGUCGACGGCGAGGCAAGGAGGACGAGCGCCACGACGUUAACAAACCGUGCGACGGCGGCCGGCGGUCUAGGAAAGCCGCGGAGGAGAUGUGUCGGUCGAAGUUGGGUGGACGGAAGAUUGCUGGGUCUGGAUGUCUGGAUCUGUGAACUGAUUUCGUCUACAGAUCUAAAAGAGGAUAACCCGAUUUUAGUUAAUUAUCUGCAACGGAAAUAAGUCCGUUGCAGAUU